CAGAUAUGGAGGCCACUCACUGCCACCUUUUAUUUUCCUGUGGGCCCAGGAACUGGAUUUCUUUAUUUGGUCAAUUUAUAUUUCUUAUAUCAGUAUUCUACACGACUCGAAGCAGGAGCUUUUGAUGGGAGGCCAGCGGACUAUCUGUUCAUGCUCCUCUUCAACUGGACUUGCAUCGUGAUCACUGGCUUAGCAAUGGAUAUGCAGCUGCUGAUGAUUCCUCUGAUCAUGUCAGUACUUUAUGUCUGGGCCCAGCUGAACAGAGACAUGGUUGUGUCGUUCUGGUUUGGGACACGAUUUAAGGCUUGCUAUUUGCCAUGGGUUAUCCUGGGAUUCAACUACAUCAUCGGCGGCUCGGUCAUCAAUGAGCUUAUCGGAAAUCUCGUCGGACAUCUUUAUUUCUUCCUAAUGUUCAGAUACCCGAUGGACUUGGGAGGAAGAAACUUCCUAUCCACACCUCAGUUUCUGUACCGCUGGCUGCCCAGCCGGAGAGGAGGAGUGUCGGGGUUCGGCGCACCCCCCGCCAGCAUGAGGCGAGCUGCCGACCAGAACGGCGGAGGCGGGAGACACCACUGGGGCCAGGGCUUCCGGCUUGGAGACCAGUGACGGAGCCGCGCCGCAGGCUGCGCCCGCACCGGUGCCACCACCUGAGCUUGCUGGCGCUCUGGACCCGACCCACGCUGAAUGUAGUCUUUCAGGACCAGACAGCAUUUUUUAAAUCCUGAAGGAAACGUGUGUCCUCGUUUUGUGAUUUGCAUUCGAGCCCUUACUGCUAUGAAGAGCAAAUACCAACUGUGCUGUUCUCACAACCGACUCUGGUGUCUUCUCUUCCUCCCCCCCACCUGGGUGAUGGGGCUUGGCAGCUCCUGCUGGGGCUGGGCUGGGCCGGGGCCAUGCCUUGUCAGCGGGGCCCUUGUCUCCCUGCACACAGGCCCGCCUGCGCUUCCCACCCUGCCGCCAGGGGAGCUCGCCCUGUCGAGGUUCUGCCUCUCACAAGCUCUCCUAUGUACUGACUUCGCCAAGGGUCGGUCACGGAGGACUUCUUCCCACAGCCCGCUGGUGGCAGAGCCGUCACCGCCGGGAGAGGACGGAACAGUGGCUGAAGAGCUGCCUCUGCCUGGGGACUCCUUGACCUGGCGACGGUCGCAGCCGUUUCCGCCUCUCGGAUGCUUUUGUCAGAAAGCGCCACUGAGUCAGGGCCACAGAUUGGCUUGCUGAGGCAUGGCUGGUUGCUGGGUGUUUCUUCCCUGAGCGAGGUGCUCGGAGCUGCAGCGGAGUUGCCCCUGACUCCGGUUGGGUUGACACGGGACCCCUGGUGGCUUGCACGGAGGUGACUGCUCCGUGCCAGAGUGGCUGGUGGCGAGGCUGGGGGUUCCCAUGUCGUCUCCGAGGAGGUGUGCCCCCAGCGGCUCCUGCCCUUGACCCCGUCUUAUCCUUCUGGUGGUCCCUGACGAUGGCUGAGGGAGGACGUCGCCCUCACGUCCGUUGUUCCCCUGCCCCUCUUUCGGCCGAGGGUCUCGUUCGUCGUGAGGAUGGCGCGGCCCCACUGCACGUAGGUCGUCCUUUCUUAGAGCUGAUUCGAGCACGUCUCAGUGAGUCUCGCGUACUGAUGGGCUGUGAUGGUUUGAGAAUCGUUUGUGUUGAAGUCUUUGUUGCUUUGGGCUGUGACUGUCCAAGCUCGGUGAACCAGCCCCGCUGAAGUGCCCACCACUCCUUUUUCACAGGCGGGCUUUUGCCGUCAGAGCUUGGCUCAUCACCAAAUAAAGUUUUUUGAAGGCACGGUGUU